UUUUGAAAUUUUACGUGUGUAAAUAAUAAUUUUGCGUUUAAAUUGUGUACUAAAAAUUUUCAACUUAAGAAUAAAGGAAUAACACAAGUCAAAUUUUCAUUAAUAAUGAACUGUGCUGCAGAAGAAGAAGUUAAAAACUUUUUCCAAAACCCUGAUAACAAUGAUUCUGAAUCUUCGGAAAACUUUCAAAUUUACAUCACAGAACUUUUUGAAAAAAAUGGUAUAUUAAGCGAUUUACGGGCUUAUUUACGAGGGCAUAUCGUUAAUGUUUUAAAAAGCGCUGAAACAGGUGUAACACCAACUUUCCAGAAGCAUUUCACCCAACGUUUAGAACUUGUGUAUCAAGCAUUAAAUAUGUUGAUAGCAGAAUAUUUACUCAGAUUGGAGUUUAGCUACAGCUUUUCAGUGUUUCUGUCAGAGAUACCUUUGGCUAACAUGGUGUUCACCUUUGCGAAGAACCUUCUACAAGCAACAGACACAAAUGCCCUUGGAUUACGAUUUACUGAGAAUGAUGUAUGGUCUGUUCUACAUUACUUAGGUUUAAAAUGUGACUCUGUGUAUGCAGCUAAAAUUAUAAACUUGUACAAGCAUGGAGAUUCACCAUUAUUGCAUUGCAUUCUCAAGUGUAUUCCUAUGUACAAUAAAGAACCAAGCUGCUUGCAAGAGGUGAUCGAAUCAGACGAAUGCCUAUCAUCGAGCGCAAAAAGUGCGGAAUCCUACGAGGACAAACCUAAGAAGUGCUUUCACGGAAGCCACCUUCAUAAAUGCAAGCACUACGCCUUCUGUAAGAGCUGCCAGAAAAGACUUCUGAGAUUGAGAGAGAAGUACAAAAAGCGGAAAACGGAGAUGGGAAAGCAUGAAAAACAGUCAAGUAUUAACGCAUUGAACGUUCAAUCGUUUAUGAAUAGCGUCGGUGUCAUGGAAAAAGGUCUUAUUGACGAGAUGUUUCAACAGUUAAAAACCGUGUACGAAGCCGAAGUUGAUAUUAUAAAGGAGGAAGAGGAAAGGAGGAUCAAACGCUCCAUCGCCAACCACGCGUUACAGCUACAGAAACACCGAGAGAAGAUGGAGGAAUCGUACAGAGCUCGUGAAGCCGAAUUGGAAAAGAACGUGCAUCAGAAGAAGAAGUUCCUCUGGGGUCUAGCACGCGCCUUGAGGAGUCAGCACGAACAUAUGACCUUGGCUAUGAGGGACGUGCAGUAUGAGACUAAGAGGCUGGCGGAAAAGGAAUCCGGUAUAAAAAUUCAAUUGGACGAAGCGGAGCAAAUACUCAAGAAGCGAGGUGAGGAAAUGCGCAAUCAAAUAUCUCAAGAGCUGAUCGUACUCGAAGGGAAUUUGGAAACUAUGAAAAAAGAGCGUGACACCAUAAACAAAGAAAGGGAUGAAUUGGAAAAACUCAAAAACAGCUACGAAAUCAACAACAAACUUAUGAAUCAAAAGGAUGUUGAUGACAACGUCGAUUUAAAAACACAUUACAUUAAAUUAAAGGACGAAAUGGUUAUACUAAAGAGCUAUAUAGAAUCCACGAAGGAAUCGAAAUGUCUUAUAGAAAGGGGUACGGUGACGGAAUUGGGUGAUGGGGUGAUGAAUAACAGUGUUGGUGUUAGGAGUGAUGAUGACGACGAUGAUAAACUGAAAGGCAGCCAGGUGAUCCAUGAUCUAAAGAAGCAGAAGAAUGUGAAUUUUAGUCAAACAAACCUAGAUGAAAUCUAUCGCCAGCUGAGUCGUACACCCAGCAGAUCAUUAACUAGAGUUUACGAAGGCAGCACCACUCGUAUACGGGGUUCGGAUCCCGGCUGUGCCACAUGCAACAACUGUGAUAAUGGUGGUUCUAAUUGUGACAGUGGCACAAAUGUGACAUCCAAUGGUGCACAGAGCAACCACGGUUGCGAUGGGUGCCGCGGUUGUAACCAAGCCGCGAUGUUCCAAUUACGUGAGGAGAACGAUCGGUUGAAGGCUUUUGCUAGACAGCAACGUGAGCACAUAGACUCACUGUCGAGGGAACGUGAACGUCUACAAACACAUCUCGUGACCAAUUCCAGACCACGCACAGCGCCAUCUGUUUUGGCUAGCAAUUUCUUCCCGACAAACAGAACGAAUCCCACGACGAGCGCCAACGCGUUCGGAUGGCGCAAAGGCGCGGGGGAGGAGCUGAAUAUAUUCUCUACAAGCGAACCGCGGGUAAUACUACCGGGCGAACCGGUACCUUUUAUCGGCGUUUUGACGGACCGGCAUAGUGAUAGCAGAAGGCAUCUGAUAAGCCAGUGGCGUGCAUUGCGGCGUCGUUUGUCCCCGCAGACCAAUCCACGGCCGGUCGCAUCGAUGGAACGUAGUUCACAACAUAUUACUGACCAUGCCGAAAUAAACAUACCUUUGCAAGAGUCAGAUGCGAAUCUAAUAAAUGGCGGAACUACGCAGGCUCUUGUCAGUGAUAAGCCGCAAAAAAUGAGACCCGCAGUCGAUAAACCAAGAGAGAAAAGUCCGAAGACAUUUCUUCGGGAGGCGAAGGAAAAGUUAAAAAACAAUAAUAUAAAAGAACCACCAGCGCCUAGGGAUAAAAGUCCUAACGCAAUGUUACGUGAAGCUAAAAUGCGUCUCCGAAAGUUAGAAAUCGAGGCGGAGGCAGUCGAAAAGUCCUAUUUGGACUUUCGAAAACGACAGUCCGAAUUAAGGGAAGAAAAGCAAAAUUUGGUCCUAGCAGAAAGUUCCUUGAUCAAAACUGUUAACAAAUUAGAAACAAAAACAAGUAAAUCAUCGCAAAGUUUAAAUGCACCAGAAAAUAUAGCAAAUGAUAUAUUUGAUUGUGAGAAAUCAUCGGAAAAUAUGAAAAAAGACUUCGACAAAUAUUUGCGAGAGUACCAAACUAAUUUCGAUAUAGGUAAAAUAUAUUUCCAAAACAAGAAUUCAGCAAUCCAAAGAAUAAAGCCUAUACCUCCAUCUCAUAAUAUCUGUGAAGAAAAUGAAGAACCAAAACAGAAAAAUAUCAAUUAUCUCGAAACGCCGCUAUCCGAAUUCAGAAAAUUUUACCAAACACAAAAUAGAACCAAGCGAAAAGUUAAAAGUCCUAUUAGUAAAGAAAUUAAAGAAUUAGAAACCACAUCAGAAGCCCGAGAAAGUGACAAAACCGUUGAAUCCAAAAGCGAAAAGAAUAGUAGAGAAAUAAUUCGCAAUAUUAAAAAUAAUAAGCGAGCUGAACUCGAAAUUUUAAAACAAAAUAUUAGUAAAAUUUAUAACCUUCCUGAAACUAGUACUCCUAACGAUACUGGAUUGGGUAAUAUUCCUGAAAUUAUAGUAACUAAAACGAAUGCAAAAGACGAUAGUAAAGAAGAAUUAGAAGAAAAUGUAGAUGUUCAAGAGAAUAAACUUUUAUUACAAGUUCAAAAUGUACGUGAAACUAAUAAUGUUGGUGUCACAGAAUCAAAACAGGACCUUUUAAUGAUCGUCGAAAGUUCAAUUGACAAUAGAGACACUUCAUCAUCUGAAAAUGAAAACGAGGAACAAAAACUUUUUACACAAAUUACUGUUAUCGUGAGUCCCAAAGACGAUAAUAGCUCUACAGUGUUAAAAUCGCCUUGUAAAGAGCUUUCUGAAAAAGUAACUUUGAAUAAUGAUACUCUUAAUGCAAUAUUUCAUACUGAGGAUAAAGAUUUAUCUAGUGUGGACAUGAAAUCAGAGUUAAAUAAGGAUGGUUUAGAAAACGAGGUCGAGAAAGACGCGCAAAAGGAAUACCUUGACGAUUUUUCAGCGGAUGUUGACAAUUAUUAUAAUACUAACAGUAUAUCGGACGGCGGUAAAAACUCUCCAAUAUCAUUACCAAAAACAUCGGAAGACGAAAACUUUUGGGAGAACUAAAUUACUUGUAAAGCCUAAGCAAAUUCAUCGGCAAACAUAAACAUAAUAUAAAAUUUAUGAUUUGAAAUAAAAAAUGUACUAGAAACAAUUAUUAAAAUCAUUUCAGUUUCCAUUUCUUUAAAGGAAUUGUUAACGAUAUAUCAUUGCUUUUUAGGGUAACAUUUAAAAAUUCAUA